GAUAAAUAAGCGAAGUUGUCCUAUUCUCUUCAAAUUCUUUUUUAAAUUUAUUAAUCACUCUUCUUAAACUACAUAAUAUCCUCAUCUUCUCAUUUCAGGACUCUUUCCAGGCUUCGCGUCCGCGCAGGGCAGCGAAUACCUGAGUUCAUUUACUCUUCCAACUCGAACAACCUUCAUUUAUAUAAUGAUCAAAUUAUGAAGACCUUGCUCAAAAGGUAUAUAUACCGCUUUUCUUGACUCAAUUUAAAUCCAAACCAAUGGAUUAUUCACAUUAUUAUGGCCAAACGGCCGCCUACAACACACAAAGCCAGAAUUAUCAGCAAUAUUGGGCCGCGGUUCAAUUUGGACAGUUUCCUCAAGAAUAUAUACAACAAAAGGGGUAUUAUUCUUAUCCCCUGGCCAAUUACAACAUGCAGAACCACAAUUAUCAGCAAUUCUCAAACAAUCUACAAGGGCUACAGCUCGCUCCUCCACAUAUACAACGCGGGAACAAAGACGAUCGACCUUGGAAGUCGGUGAUUAAAAAACCACUGGAUCAUACACUGAUCCUCAACGGAGUAAUUAUCUGGGCAUACGAACCGACAACAGAUGAAUGGGGGCUUCCGGCGAAACCCUUCGCCUGCUGUCGAAGCUCGGGAGGUCAUUUAUGCACGCAGAGAGAAUUGAACUACGGGGGAUAUAAUCAUCCAUUCUUAGUAUUGGACCAUUGUCAAAAUCCGGAGUCGAGAGAAGAGGGUGAUAUGAUCUUGGAGAUCGUACCACUUACUAGCUUCACGGGAAAAUCAAUUCUGCAAACGUAUAGCGACUUCAACUAUUGCAAGCGUAUGAACAGUCUGCCGAUCGAGUUCAACUCUCAUAGGAAGCAGGACAGACCGAAAGAGAUUGAAUUGCUCAACAGAUUGCAGAAACCGCUGUUGGGCCUGGAAAAUAGCUCAACUUCUAGACAGCUCUUUGUCGAAAUCAAUCAUAUUUACCGCGUGUCGGUAAAGCAGCUGCAUGCUUAUAGCCCGCAGAAACCAGACGCAAGCAGAUAUGUCCGCUUGAAUAAGCAAGGCUACAACGAGGUGCGCAGCAGGUUUGGAUUGCCAACCGAUGGGGAAAUCUUUGACAAACGAAUUGAGACAUGCCCAAGCACCUCACGACCGACACCAAAAAUGAGCGAGGAGCCAUUUCUGAAACGAGCAGAGUUCAAUCUUGUUGGGUUCAAUCGAAGACUGUUAGAGCGAUCAAUAACACUAGAACGGGAUGAAGCUUCUCUGGAACAACCGAUUGUUUUUAAUCCUGUCGCCUGCAAGUUCGUGCCAUCACCUCCGGUGUACGAAGUUGGGCGACGUUCUUCACUCUGGUCCUGGGUUUGAAGCCGACCUACCUCCAUUCAUAUUUUCUCUUCCCGGAGAUUCUAUGCUAUGGAGUCAUCCCGCGAGCCAAUCUUCACACUGCCACCCACCGUCUUUCCGAUAACGACAUGUGCCUGUUUGCGAUAACGAAGUCAAACAUG